UGCAUCAUACGGUUUCCAGCCGGUUAUCAUAUUUGUUACCCCUCUCUGCUCUUCUACGUCGCCUGCAUGCUUCAGAGACAACAAACGUAGCGUACAGGGGUGAGAUGACUCUGACCAGGGGCUCUUUCACCUACGCCACUGGAGAAGAGUACCACGGCGAGUGGAAGGAAGGUCGGAGGCAUGGCGUCGGCCAGCUCAAAUUCCAGGACGGAACAUGUUAUGCCGGACAGUUUGAGGACGGACUCUUCCAUGGUGCCGGUGUCCUUCUCUUCACGGACGGGUCCAGGUACGAGGGCGAGUUUGCACACGGGAAGUUUCAAGGCACGGGAGUCUUCAGUCGAUUUGACGGCAUGAAGUUUGAGGGCGAAUUCAAAGGCGGACGUGUCGAGGGAUACGGACUGCUGACAUUCCCGCACGGAACUCACGGUGUUCCACGCAACGAGGGCUUGUUCCAAAACCACAAGCUCCAGAGGAGAGAGAAGUGUCCUGGAGUGGUGCAGAGGGCACAGGCGUCGGCCACCAAUGCUCGCAGUGUGGCUCUCUGACUCUUUCUAACCUUAACAACUAUGUCAUUGUUCUUGCUCCUCAAAAGGAGUGCCUCCAGGAGGUGUACUCCUCCUCCUCGUGCUCCUCUUUCCUUCAAGUUACUUCUUUUCACCCAAAGGUGAAUUUACAGAACACACAAAACCACAUAGCACAUCUUUAACAUCACAUUUUCUUCUUCUUAAGAGUCUUGCACCCAAUACCAGUGUCUUAGCUAGCUGAUCGUUAGCUAGUCAUCAGAUAAUUAAGAAGAGCUUUUCGUCAGUCUGCUAAAGCUACAGUACAAAGGAGCAUAAGUUAUACAGUGGUGUGAAAAAUUGUUUCUCCGCUUCCUGAUUUCAAAUUUUUUUGUCUGUCACACUUAAAUGUUUCAGAUUGUCAAACAAAUUUACACAUAAAAAAAAAAAACCCUACACGGCCCUGUGUGAAAAGUGAUUGUCCCCUAAGCGUAAUAACUGGUUGGGCCACCCUUAGUAGCAACAACUGCAAUCAAGAGUUUGCAAUACUUGCAAUGAGUCUCUGUGGAGGAUUUUUUUCGCUGACUCAUCUUUGCAGAAUUGUUGCAAUUCAGCCCCAUUGGAGGGUUUUCCAGCAUGAAUCACCUUUUUAAGGUCAUGCCACAGCAUCUCAAUUGGAUUCAGGUCAGGACUUUGACUAGGCCACUCCAAAAGUCUUUGUUUUGUUUUUCUUCAGCCAUUCAGAGGUGGACUUGCUGGUGUGUUUUGGAUCAUUGUCCCGCUGCAGAACCCAAGUUGGUUUCAGCUUUAGGUCACCAACAGAUGACCGGACAUUCUCUUUCAGGAUUUUUUGGUAGACAGCAGAAUUCACGGUUCCAUUUAUCACAGAAAGUCUUCCAGGUCCUGAAGCAGCAAAACAGGUCCAGACCAUCACACUACCACCACCAUAUUUUACUGUUGGUAUGAUGCUCUUUUUCUGAAAUGCGGUCUUACUUUUACGCCAGAUGUAACGGGACACACACCUUCCAAAAAGUUCAACUUUUGUCUCAUCAGAUCAUUUUUCCCAAAGGUCUUGGGGAUCAUCAAGAUGUUUUCUGGCAAAAUUGAGACGAGCCUUAAUGUUCUUUUUAUACAUCAGUGGUUUUCGUUUUGAAACUGUGCCAUGCAGGCCAAUUUGGCCCAGUGUGUUUCUUAUGGUGGAGUCAUGAACACUGAACUUAACUGAGGCUAAUGAGGCCUGCAGUUCUUUGGAUGUUAUUGUGGGGUCUUUUGUGACCUCUUGAAUGAGUCGUCGUUGCGCUCUUGGGGUAAUUUUGGCUGGUCGGCCACUCCUGGGAAGGUUCACCACUUUUCCAUGUUUUCGCCAUUUGUAGAUAAUGGCUCUCACUGUGGUUUGCUGAAGUCCCAAAGCUUUAGAAAUGGCUUUAGAGCCUUUUCUAGACUGAUAGAUCUCAAUUAAUCUUAGUUAAGUUAUGUUUUAACAGGGGGGUGUGUGACUUUUUCACACAGGUUUGGAUUUUUUUUCCUCCCUUAAUAAUAAAAAGUUGAAUUUAAAAACGGCAUUUUGUGUUCAGUUGUGUUGUCCCUGAUUUAUAUUUCAAUUAGUUUGAUGAUUUGAAACAUUUGAGUGAAACAAACAUGCAAAAAAAAAAAAGAAAUCAUCAAGGGAGCAAACACAUUUCGACACCACUGUAAUUACGAUUUUUCCUUUCAUUAAAAUAUGACUUUUUGUUGAAUUUUUUUUUCUUGUAAUUUUUCUUUUUCUUUCCAGUGUGUCCCAAAUACUCCUUUGGCACCACGGUUAAAGAAAGUUAACGUCUAAUCAUACCGACUUGCCUAUUUAUUAGUUGUACCUAACCAUAACUUAUGCUCCGUAAUACAACAGCCCUACAAUAAAGACUCGGUUUUCGACGAGUUGUUGCUCUUUAAUAGAAAUGUACUUUUUAUUAAUGUGACAAGAAAUUCAAAGAUAUAUUACAUUUCAUUGUAAACAAAAGUUCAAAUGAAAGCAUCAUUUAUUGCGGGAGUGUUGUUUUACAUUGCAUAAGGUGAGAUACAAUGUACCGUAAUUUAAAAAAUGCACUGUCCAUAUUGUGUUUCUACAUUUUUCACAUUUGCCUUAAAGACGUUUUUCGGUACAAGCCCAUCCCAUUUACGACAUCAUAUUGUGUGUGUGAGAUGUUCAUGGAUUUGUGGCGCGUUUGAAGGCUGCCUUCACUUUGACAGACGCGGUAUUUCCCCCCAUGUUUUCCUUGUGCACGUAACAGUUGUUAUCAAACUUGAAACUGAUGUAAAUGCCUUUACUUUGGGACCUAAACUGAGGCAGCUAAAAGAUUUUCAGUAUCGUCUGUGUGUUGUUGUGCGGCGUACAGUGAUUGUAUUGACUUGGACCUACUGUAUAUCUAAUGGACAUGAUGCAAAGGCCAACCACAACAAAUAUGAUGGUGCUUGAACAGCUGUUAGGCCUUAUUAAGUGUUUGUGACUUGUUUGUGGUGGCCUGCUUCUAUGACUUCAACCAAAGACAAUCCAGUGGUACAAUAACGGAAGUAUGAAUCAUAUAAGUCUAAUAGUCCAAACAAAUAAGACAAAUCAACGUGCAGGAAAAUGAGAUUACAUUUGGGGUAAAAUGAGAUUUAGCUGUAAAUAAUUUCUGCAGCGGUUUUUCAUUAUAGCUAUGUUUGAUGAGAAAAUGCUCAAUAUAAGCUCAUACUGUACAUGUGCUUGCUUUGCCUAUUUCUGUAGAAGCGUUAGUGUGCUGCAAAGUACCAUUCUAAAUAUUAGGGGAACUAGGUAAUUAGAGGCAAAAGUGCAGAGCGGUGCAUGUUUCCAAAAGCGCACCAGGAUCAUUUAAUAUUCCUUCUAUGAUGUGCAAUGAGUGCAGUGUUUCUAAUGCUUUAGCAGUAUUUUCCUUUCUAAACUGCACUAGCCUUCUUUCUGAAAAGACGCCACUCCAGCAAGAUGCAUGCACGGUGCUUUAAUAAAAACGUGCCUCUUUCAAGAAAUUCAUUCACUUGCCAGGCAAAUCUCAUCGCCAUGGUUACACGUUUUUUAAAUUAUAUAUAUAUACAUAGAUAUAUACAGUAGCAACAUACGUAAUGUUGCUUUGAAAAAAAAACUGGUCUGGGUAUGUAUCACAUACAUGAUAAAGGGUUGUUGAUUGAAUAAAAGUCACGUAUUGGAAAGAAAUAUGUUUUUCGGUGAAUUAUUAAAACAUAGAAGCAGAAUAUUUAGGCAUAGGCCUCAAAUGUAAACACUGGGUGUGGGCUGCAUGAAGCUUUAGUACGUUUAAUGAUGAAAAAUGAUCAUCCAGAGGUCCCAUAACAGUGUAUUGGAAGUGUGUAGUCCAAAAUUUAGCUUUGAUGCUGGGAUUUAGACAGUUUGAAAGUGCUUUUAGUAAAACCCGACUGGCAACACAGUGUUUUGUGUGUCUGUAGUGUUACUGCUAAUGAGCUGUGUAUGUCAAGAAUGUUGCCCACAGAGCGUGUGGCGCCAACAAGCGCUAUUGUGCACUUUAUCCACACCAUAAAUCACAUACAACAAGGUGACAGUGUUUCCCAUACAUUCCCAUCACAAAUACAUUUGGCCAGCCACAGAUUUUGCAUCCAACAUUUUUCCCCCCCCCCACAAACACAUGAUAAUGGGACUGUCUGCGUAGCUUGUCAUGACAACGGCGUACAGUUAGGCCUGUCACGAUCAUCCAUAAAUCGAUUAAUCGAACGGUAAAACGACGUCAUCAUUUUCAGCGGCCUCGAUAAAUCGACGUGCAUGCGUUCGUGUUUGUAUUCCUCGUCUCUCUUUCAGGCGGGAUGACGAGAGGUUUCACUCUGCAGCUGUAUGUGCGCAUUGGUGCUACAGUGGAAUGAACGGCGAGAGUGAACCCUCCUGUCGUCUCCUCCACUCUUUGUCCCUCUAUGUGGAGGCGCGGCUACCUUGGCUCGCAGCAAAUUAGCCAAGUGAGCCAGCAUACGCUCACGUGAAUGACGGCACAAAAGCGAUAGUUUCUAAGGAGACCGCCACAUCCCCAGUGUGGGAAUAUUUCGGUUUGAAACAGAUGAACACCGACGACUUGAGAUGUCGCAUUUGUUCGAAAGCAGUGACAAGGGAGCAGGGGAAUACGACCAAUAGGCAGGAGGUUUAAAGACAUGAGAUAAUGUCACACAAACCAAAAAGCUCAGUUUUACCCAUCCACGCACAAACACUGAAUUGGGGUGUUUGAAAAUCUUCACUCAGACAAUUAUGCAAAUUAGACGCCGAGGUCAUCUAACUUCUACAGUCUAUCAUGCUAGAAUGCUGAGAAAAAAAGAAAACUAAAUGUUUUUACAUUUUUGCUCGUCUCAUCAUAAAGCAGUUAGCUUGUUUUUAUACUUGUA